AUGUGGAAGCCCAACAGGACACCCGUCCGCACGCAGGACGCACCUUUGCCUCCGUCCUUCCUCUCGCAGGCCAUCGUGGCCGGUGAACAGAUCUACUGCUCGGGACAAGUGGGUGUGAGUCCCAGCACGGGAAAGAUGGUCGAAGGACCCAUCCAGGAGCGAACGAAACAAAUCCUCCGCAACCUGAGUGCCGUUCUCGUCGCGGGCGGCUCGAGUCUCCAGGACGUGGUGAAGGUGAAUAUAUUCCUGGCGGACAUGGGGGAUUUUGCCGCGGUGAACGAGGUCUACGAGAGCUUUUUCCAGGAUCCCAAGCCGGCCCGGACGUGUGUGGCUGUCAAGACGUUGCCACUGGGAACGGAUGUUGAGAUUGAGUGUACGGGCCUGGUGACGAAGAGACGAACUCAGGGGAACUCUCGUCUGUAA